AUGGAGAAGUCUUCACCUGUUAUUCAUCCCUUAAUAGGCACAUCAGAGCUCACACUGAACACAGACCAUGUGAGUAUCAGGAAUAUAGAGAGAAGACGUGAAUGCAAACAAUGUGGUAAAGCUUUUAUAUACCACACUUCCAUGCAAAAUCAUGAAAUGACUCACACUGGAGAGAAACCCUAUGAAUGUAAGGAAUGUGGGAAAGCCUUCAUUUCUCUUACAAGCUUUCGAACACACUUAAUAACACACACUGGAAAUGGAGCUUAUAGCUGUAAGAUAUGUGGAAAGACCUUUGCUUAUCCCAGUUUAUGUCGUGUACAUGAAAGAACUCACACUGGAGAGAAACCCUAUGAAUGUACGCAAUGUGGUAAAGCUUUUCGUUCUUCCAGUUACUUUCAAGUACACAAAAGAAUUCAUACUGGAGAGAAACCCUAUGAAUGCAAACAAUGUGGUAAAGCUUUUAUAUACCACACUUCCAUGCAAAAUCAUGAAAUGACUCACACUGGAGAGAAACCCUAUGAAUGUACGCAAUGUGGUAAAGCUUUUCGUUCUUCCAGUUACUUUCAAGUACACAAAAGAAUUCAUACUGGAGAGAAACCCUAUGAAUGCAAACAAUGUGGUAAAGCUUUUAUAUACCACACUUCCAUGCAAAAUCAUGAAAUGACUCACACUGGAGAGAAACCCUAUGAAUGUAAGGAAUGUGGGAAAGCCUUCAUUUCUCUUACAAGCUUUCGAACACACUUAAUAACACACACUGGAAAUGGAGCUUAUAGCUGUAAGAUAUGUGGAAAGACCUUUGCUUAUCCCAGUUUAUGUCGUGUACAUGAAAGAACUCACACUGGAGAGAAACCCUAUAAAUCAACGGAUCGCAACCCUCAGUGUUGCUCCCGCACGUGGGUUGAUGGGGAAGGCAGAGAACAGAUCCUGCAGCCUGUGGAUGGGCCCUACUAA